AUGUCCAACGUCAAGACCGGCAACAAGCGCUCGGCCAUCGCCGAUGUGGUGUCUCGCGAGUACACCAUCAACCUGCACAAGCGAUGCCACGGCGUCAGCUUCAAGAAGCGUGCUCCUAAGGCCAUCAAGGAGAUCCGCGCCUUCGCCGAGCAGGCUAUGGGCACCAAGGAUGUCCGCGUCGACCCCCAGCUGAACAAGAAGGUCUGGGAAGCCGGUAUCAAGGGCGUUCCCUUCCGUCUCCGUGUCCGCAUCUCCCGCAAGCGUAACGACGAGGAGAACGCCAAGGAGCGUCUCUACUCCCACGUCCAGGCCGUCAACGUCAAGAACCCCAAGGGUCUCCACACCACCACCGUCGACGAAUAA